AGCAUGCGGUGUUCAGCAAGACUUGGCAGCUGCCUUUGCUUACAUCCCACCAGCAUGAAAGCAUCCAUUGUCUUCAGCUUCUUCCUGGCUUUCCUGGACCCAGGGACUUCCCUUCAGUGUGAGGUUUGUCACAGCAUAGGAAAAAGCUGCUUUGGCCCCAUGAAAACCUGCAAUGGUGGUGAAGAUACCUGCGGCAUCAUUCUGCACGAGGUCAUGAUAGGGGGGAUGGCAAUCCCGUCAUCCAUCAAGUCCUGCCUGCCAUCCAGCAUGUGUCACCUUGGCCCUAUCACCAUGAACUAUGGGAAGGUAAAAGCAAGGAGCCACUUGGCUUGCUGCACAGGUGAUGACUGUCGAACCAUCUCUGUCUCAUUGCCACCAGAGGACAAUGUGCCCAAUGGAUACCAGUGUCCUGCCUGCUACAGCGUGGACUCCUUUCAGUGUGGUAAUGAAAUCGUGAACUGCACUGGAUCUGAAACCCAGUGUGUUGACCUUGCUGGGUUAAUGAAUUCUGGUGGCCUGUCUCUGAAAGCUGCCAUGAAGGGCUGCACCACCAUUUCUGAAUGCAGUAUUGUAGGAGAUGGAAAAAACAAUCUGGGGAUGAUGGACAUAAAGUUAAGGCGGUUCCAAUGCAAACAAGCUGCUGUUUUGGCCAGAGUGAGUUCUGGGUUUGCCCCUCCAGGCUGCCUCUUCCUUCCUGUCCUGUCAGGGUUCAUCCUGGAGAAGGUACUUUUCUGACUCUUACCGGUACUGGGUUAAGCAAAGCCCGUGACAGAGUCCAGCAGCGAUGUGCACAGAGUCCUGUUUGUGGCUUCACCUGUAUGGGGUGUUCAUUUUCAGAUUAGCUCUUCUAUAAUUUCACAGAAUAAAGACAGUGCUUACAUUUC